GUAAACAAAUACCUCGAGCAGCACAACAAGCAGGCGGCUUCGCAUACGGCUGGAGUUUUAACGCGGAUGGAUCGUUUAUUUUCUUCGUUUGGAAGCGCCUAUCACGUUUAGUUUCGUUCCCGGUACGAUCCGAAAAGGGUUGGCAGAAGAUGGUUUCAACUUUCGGCGUGCUUCAUACCAUAAGUGCAGCGCUAGCGGUGAUUGUGUUCCUUCCGUCCACGGAGGCAUUGAGCGCCUUCCUGAACGUUGCCAUACACAACAGCGGAUUUCAUCGUGAUAUUCAUUACGGCCUUCGGUUCGGUGGCAUCGGCCGGAUGUCCUGCGAGCUUUUGCUCGUCCAGCAACUGCCGGCCGCGAUCUACGUCAACACGGACCAGCUGGUGGACAUGAAGCGGUUUCACAAAAUCAACAGCUACGUGCCUUUGUACGUUGAUGUGGAGAAACCGGCCAGCAAAGCGGACCCGUUCACCGUGUACCUGUACGAAUCGGUGCGACGAGAAAUCAACAUCACACUACCGAUCCAUUUCCGUUAUCACGAUCCUUCGGGGCGCAAGUUCGAACGGAUUCAAGUGGAAAGUCCCACACUGUAUGUGCGGUGCAGCAACGUUCAUGCAAGCAAGUAUCCGCUGCGCACGGUGGGCAAAGCAAAUCUACCCUGUUCGGAUAGCUCGGAGAUCGAAGACUACGAUAAGCUGCAUCUAGCGGAACUGUGCGAGUGGGACGAGAUGGAAUUUAAUAACCUACCGACGGUGAUAAGUGUGCUAAUUCCGGUGGGGAACAGUGCAUCGUACGGGUUCGUGCUGCCGGCCACGAUUAUCGUCAGCUGGAUCGGUAGUAUGUAUUUGAUCUACGUGAUACUUAAGGUGGGACGGAAGGUGAACAAAAAGUUGCUAUAGAAGCUUAACCCAAGUGCUGACGCCGAUCUCCAUUCCUUUCGAACGCAUUUGGUCGUGUGUAGUAUUUCCUUUUUUUAUUAUUAACAUAACGGUUUAUAAAUAUAGCCAAUCUUUCUACGAUGAUACAACUUCCGCUAAGCAAACAAACAACGGCAACCCCGCUCGCUUGUGUGUGUGUGUGUGCCUUUUUUUCUACACUUUCGCGUAGUUGUUCGGAAAGAUUUCACGCUCCCGCUUCUGUCCCCGGGAGUGUAAUUGUAAAUUCUUUGUCGUAAAUUUGCUUAUAAUACUAAAUGAUAUGACUAUAACAAGAAA